CGUUACAAAAAAAUACAUUUGUUUUAUUUUCAUCUGUGUCGCCAUCUUUUCCAAAAUUAUCUCAUAGUCCACUGGUUUUAUCAAUUCUGCGCUUGACUAUCAUUACCAUUUAUUAACACAGAGCUACAUUUUCGCAUUUGUUGCUGAAGGAACCAAAACAUGUCUGCAGAUCUGGACCUCUCUCCUCCAGAAGUCCCUGAACCAACUUUUCUAGAGAGCCUACUGCGCUAUGGUCUCUUUCUUGGCGCUAUCUUCCAGCUGAUCUGCAUCCUGGCCAUCAUUGUCCCCACCUCCAAAGGGCAUGAAAAGGAGGAGAGUGAGUCCAUUAACGGCAAGGUGGCCGAGCAGGCAAAGAAACCCAAAGGACCAGUGUCUCAAAUUCGACCUAAAUCAAAGAAAGAAAGCAAAAAGAAGCGAUAGAUACUUGUGUUUGUUGUUUCAAACUGAUGUUGUCAAUUGUUCAUCUUUUACCCAGUAUUGCUUAUCUAAAGUAAAGCUACUAACCAUACAUAAAACACUGAUCAUCAUGGUCCAAUAGUAGCACAUUGUUUGGUUUUUGUAUGACUUUCUUUUAAUAAACUUGGCAAGUAUUGUCAUCGGUCA